CGACAUUUUCCAAUCAAUAAAAGCCCAGCCACUUUCAAAUCAAUCAAUCAGUUUGCUGCGAAUAUUCUGAGAGGUACGAGCAAACCUGACGAAGAUGAAUAAAUUUACGGUAAUUUUUGUUACACUAGCAGUGCUGGGCGCUGUUAGUGCCUACGGCGGCGGCGGCGGCGGCUCAAAAUAUGGAGGUGGUAGUGGUGGCUUCGGUCCUGGCGGCGGCAGCGGUGGCGGAAAUAGUGGAGGUGGCGGCUUUGGACCCGGUGGUGGUAGUGGCGGCUUUGGUCCUGGUGGCGGCGGCGGUGGUGGACACAGUGGUGGUGGUUACGGCGGCUAUAAGAAGCACGGAUAUUAGGCUUAAGACAAGUGUGAUGAGCAUUUUCCUUUGCUGUGAUUUUUUUGCCAUGAAAUUGUGUGCAAUUAAGUUGAGUCUGUUAAAUUGUAUUAAAAUUUAAGAUAAAUACAUACUCACGUAUGCAAAAGUGGACACCUGCUUAUAGCGAUUAAUAAUGAAAUAAAAUAUGUUAUUUUUUUGAUAACUACCUCAUAAUA